AUGUCCCGACAACAGCCUAUCCGCCCGAAAUCUCGAGAUGAUUUUGAGAUCGCAAUUUUCUGCGCUCUCACGUUUGAGGCUGACGCUAUUCUUGCCUUGUUUGAUCACCGCUGGGAUAAGAAUGAGGAAGGCCAGUCUUUCGGGAAAGCCGAUGGCGACCCAAACGCGUACUCAACUGGCGCUAUUGGGAAACACAAUGUGGUCCUAGCACAUCUUCCUGGUACGGGGAAGGUUGCAGCGGCAAACAUUGCAGCCUUCUGCCGUAUGAGCUACCUAAAUAUCAGCUUGGCAAUUGUUGCAGGGACUUGUGGUGGGACUCCAAUUUAUGGGAAAGGAAAGGAGAUCCUGCUUGGAGAUGUGAUCAUUAGCACUGGUGUUGUUCAAUAUGAUCUCGGCAAGUGCUAUCCAGACAAAUUCAGGACGAAAGAUACACCAGAGGACAGCCUUGGAAGACCAAGCCUUGAAUUGAGGUCUCUCUUAGCAAAACUGAUGACAAAUAGACAUCACGAAAGACUACAGAUUGCAACUCAGAAACAUCUCCAGGAGGUCCUAGGGGAAACCUACGACGUGAUUGACCACCCGGAGGGUUUACCCAACAUUCUCUUCAAAACAAAUUAUCGUCAUAAGCACCAAGAGCCAACACAUUGUACCAUAUGUACUGCUUGUAAGGGAAUUUCAGACCCUGUAUGCGAUGUUGCUCUCAGUUCGAGUUGCAAAGAGCUCAGAUGUGAUCUUCGACAGCUGGUCUUACGCAGUCGACUGGGCCAAAUCGAUAAUAAUAACCAGAGGGCAACCGUUGGUAUUAAUGGUGAAGCCUUUCUUCCAAUGAUUCACUUCGGGAAGUUCGGCUCAGGGGACUCGGUGGUAAAGUCAGGAGAAUAUCGCGACCAGCUCACGGCUAGCCAUGGCGCUAUAGGGUUCGAAAUGGAGAGUGCUGGAGUUUGGGAACUUUUCCAAACUGUUGUCAUCAGGGGCGUGUCUAAUUAUGCUGAUUGUCAUAAGAACGACAUUUGGCAGAUCUUCGCUGCUGCAUCUGCUGCUGCGUGUACUAAAGCAUUUCUCAAACACUGGGAAUCGACGAGACAAGAAACCAGAUCGGCAACAGAAGGACAGGGGCUUGGAGAGACUGUUAUCGACACUCUUCAUUUCCCAGACCUCAACGAAACAAUCAACAACCCUACGCCUCCAGCCUCAGUAACAUGUCAAUGGAACAUUGAGGCCUGA